CAUCGCCAGCCUUCCAUGUAAGUUUCAGGUAGGCACCAGUAGAUUUUCGAGCAUGGCAUGGCCUCACUGGUUCUUGGAAAGAUGCGGAAGUGGAGCAUGACCUGGCCUUCAACCGCGAUGACACCGUGAAGCGACAACAGACUUGAGCACAAGCAAGGAAACUCGAAAUCUUUCUACACCGUUUUCUCACAAUUUCGAUUUUCGGAUACCUCUUCCUUGCACCCUUCUUUCCCUUUUCUUUUUUUCAACAAACAAUCUAUUUCCAAGAUGGCGGACAUGAUGUAUUUUAUGGGACAAAACAAAAAAAAGGAAGCCACCAAGAAAAAGGAGCGUGCCGAAAAGGCCAAGCUAAAGGAUGUCAACAUGGCAGCGCCUUCGUUUGACAGAGCCAUUCUGAACGAACAGCAUCAGCGGGAAAAGGAUGCCAAGGCCAAGGAACGUGCUCAACCAAAGGAGAAUGCCAAGUUUGACAUGGCGCGAAGUCUAUUUGGUCCGGGAGGUGAAGGAGGAGAAGAAGGCGAAGAAGAAGCACAAACGGAGGAGUAAUGAGAAACGGAUGAUCAGGAUUGAAUGAACGUGAUGAAGAAUGAACCGUGGGGUUCUUCUUUUGGAUGCGCAUGCGCGUCGUGUGGUGGCUACAUACAUGAAUGAAAUGGAGUCUCGUCCCUGGAAUGUGCUUGUGGAGAUGGAUUCCUUUUAAACAUUAUUUCUGAAACAGGUUCUUCUGAAGUUUUCUGAUGAAGCAACCAAAUAGCUUUUAAUUAAAAGAAACAAUAGAAAAACGUUAAAAACCAG